CUUCUUUUUUCCCCCUUCUUUCUUUAUGUGUAAAUUCUCUGUUUUCUGAGCUGCGAAUCCUGGCCGGGGCUCUGUUUGUUUCAGUUUCACCUGUUUCAAGAAGCUCAUAUUGGACCUCAAAGGAGAAUGGAAUUGUGAGAAGCUCGGCUCGUUGUUUUGAAUUUUUUGGUUAAGAUUUUGAAUCUCUUGAGCUAGAAUGUUGCAUUUGGUAUGAUCUUGGUGCGUUAACAGACGAGAAGGUAUAAGUGGGGUGGGGGGUACAGAUGGGGGCUGUUGGGGGAGAAGAGUUCAUGAAUUGGGACAAAGUGCAAGGGACCACUCUUGGAGGAGAUGAAAAGAUCUUGGUGUUGGUGAGGUUGAGACCUUUGAGUGAAAAGGAGGUUUCAAGGAAUGAAGUUUCAGAUUGGGAAUGCAUCAACGAAAACACCAUUUUGUAUAGGAAUAGUCUCCAGGAGCGCUCUGGACUUCCAAGUGCUUAUACAUUUGAUAGAGUCUUUAGGGGUGACUGCUUAACAAGAGAAGUGUAUGAAGGAGGAACAAAGGACAUUGCGCUUUCAGUUGUGAAGGGCAUUAACUCAACCAUUUUUGCAUAUGGACAAACCAGCAGUGGAAAGACAUACACCAUGAAUGGAAUAACCGAGUACACAGUGGCCGAUAUUUAUGAUUACAUGCAUAAGCAUGAAGAAAGAGCAUUUGUUUUGAAAUUCUCUGCAAUGGAAAUCUAUAAUGAAGUGGUUAGAGACCUCCUCAGCUCAGAUACUUCCCCUCUAAGACUGCUUGAUGAUCCAGAGAAAGGGACUAUAAUUGAAAAACUCAUAGAAGAAACUUUGAGGGAUUGGAAUCAUCUCAAGGAACUCCUAUCCAUAUGUGAAGCUCAGCGAAAAAUCGGAGAGACUUACUUGAACGAUUCAAGUUCUAGAUCUCACCAAAUUCUUAGACUGAUUAUUGAAAGCUCUGCUCGUGAGUUUAUUGGGAAGGGAAACAAAACUACUCUUUCAGCCAGUGUGAAUUUUGUUGAUCUUGCUGGAAGUGAGCGCGCUUCUCAGGCAUUAUCAGUUGGUCAAAGACUUAAAGAGGGCUGCCAUAUAAACCGUAGUUUACUGACUCUGGGAACUGUGAUUCGGAAGCUAAGCAAAGGAAGAAAUGGCCAUGUAAAUUAUAGAGAUUCAAAGUUAACACGUAUUUUGCAACCUGCCUUGGGGGGAAAUGCUAGAACUGCUAUAAUAUGCACCUUAAGCCCCGCAAGGAGCCAUGUCGAGCAAUCUAGGAAUACUCUCUUGUUUGCUUGUUGUGCAAAGGAGGUGUCUACUAAUGCACAAGUCAAUGUAGUAAUGUCUGACAAGGCUUUGGUGAAGCAUUUACAGAAAGAGUUGGCUAGAUUGGAGAGUGAACUGAGAGUUCCAGGGACUUGCUGUGAUCAUGUGGCGUUGCUUAGGAAGAAAGAUAUGCAGAUUGAGAAGUUGGAAAAAGAGGUCAAGGAACGAACGAAAGAACGUGAUCUUGCACUAUCACGUGUUGAGGAUUUGCUGCAAAUGAAAGAAAAUUUUCAGGGUUCCAACCAAAAGGUGCAGAGAGAACUUAGUCAUCCUUCUGAAUCUGUGAACAAGAAGACUUUUAAUGAACCCUCGGUUUCUGGUUCAGAGAAUGAACAAAGUUUUCUCUCAUCUGAUCUGAUUCAAAGAGAGGAAUCUUCUUUGAGGAGUGAAGAUGAAGUUUCCGAUGAGCAUUGCAAGGAAGUUCACUGUAUUGAAGUGCAUGGUUCUGGCACAAAUAAUACUCCUGAUUCUUCUGGUUUGCUCAACAAUGAGAACAUGGAGAGGAUUUCAGUAUCACCAACUAUCACACAUGUCACUAACGCUCUGGAGUUAUCAUCAACCUCUUCUGUGCAAUCAAGUGGUGCCGGAAAUUAUUUCGUCCCAGAAGCCGUAGAAGAGCAGAAAAUGCAAAGCAUGCAUGAAACUGCAGAAUCUGCUGUCAGACCUUUCCCUGAGAGAUCACCUCAGUGGAACAUACUGCACAAUAUGAUAGAUUCCAGAAGCCUAAAGCUAACCAGAAGCAGGAGCUGUAGAGCUAACAUAAUGGGUGGCUCUAUCUCUUCACUAAACUCUGAGGUAGAAGAACCAAGUUGUGAGACUACACCACCCAAUGGUUUGGAGAAAGAUUUUCCUGGGAGACCUCAAGGCUUCCACAGAAAACAUUGGAAACUUCCACCAAUGAUAUAUGGAGCAGAAAAUCCUAAACUCUCAAGAAACAAUUCCCAGUCUUCCUUUGGUAGUGCUUUCGUAGACGAACUCAACGGUAGGAGCAAUGCACCAGAGGAUGGAGAAAUUCCAAGCGUUGACACUUUCGUGGCUGGUCUCAAGGAGAUGGCUAAAUUUCAUUAUGACAAUCAUCAGGUUGAAGAUGCAGAUUUUAGGGACAAUAAUUCCCAUAGGAAUGCGAACGAUGUAGUAGGACUGGAUCCACUUGGAACUCCAAAUUGGCCUUCUGAAUUUGAAAGGUUGCGAAAUUCGAUAAUUGAGCUUUGGCAGAGAUGCAACAUAUCAUUAAUCCACAGGACAUAUUUCUUCUUGCUCUUUAAAGGUGACACGACUGACUCUAUUUAUAUGGAGGUAGAGGUUCGAAGGCUUUCCUAUCUCAAUGGCUCAUUUGCUAAGGGAAAUCCAGCCAUUCAAGGUGGCCAAAGACUCACCCUUGCAUCAAGCCUCAAAUCAGUUCGCCGCGAGCGGGGGAUGCUAAGCAGACUAAUCAAUAAAAGGUAUACGGAGAAUGAAAGGGACGAGCUGUACCAAAAAUGGGGUAUAGCCUUGAAGGCGAAACGGAGGAGGCAGAAACUAGUCAACAACUUAUGGUGCAAUGCGGAUUUGAAUCAUGUGAGAGAGAGUGCUGAUGUUGUGGCAAAGCUGAUUGGGUUUGCAGAGCACGGAGGAGACGCCCCCAAGGAGAUGUUUGGGCUUAGCUUUACUCCGCGUGUGAGCCGGAGAUCCUUUGGUUGGAGGAUCAACAGUGUGGCAUCAUCCCUCAUCUGAGUGCCACUCUGGUUAGCCUCUUUCUUAAUAGCUCAUUGGUGGUUGAAUCUGCAUUCUAGCCGGGGGUUUCUUGAAAACAACCUUUCUACUUCUCUACUGUCGAAUAGAGGUAAAGUUUGCGUAAAAACACCAUAUCCAUACCUUACUUUCGCGGGACUUUACUGGGUUUGUGGUUAAAAAUGAUUGAAUCUGCAAUGAAUUGGUUGUUUAGAAGUUAGAAUAGCAUAAUACUUUCUGUAUUUUCAUUCUUGGAACAAUGGUAUUCAACUUUAGGGAUCACCCAGAAAUGGUUUACUUUAAUACUUCGCAUCCAAUAACAAAUAUAUCUAGCAAUUUCAUAGACACGGACGCGGUGUGUAUAGAGACAUUACUCGUAUUUGAAGGGAAGAUACAUUUUUUUGGAGUAAAUUGAGACAUUUUAUUGAUACGGAGUAUGAUUUUGUACAUUUGGUUGUAAUUGUGAAAGUACCUUGUACAUAUAUAAAAUUUUAUUUUAUUUCUUAUCAAUUGUCCCAAAAAAUGGGGUCCUGUUCC